UGUCAGUGUCACCGUCAUUAAGCCGUCACCUGUCCUGAAACCUGAAACAAAACAUUGAAAAUCCAUUUUUAAUUAGAAUGGCACCAUAAAAAUCCGAGACUAACCAUUAUUAAAGUGCAGUAUAAUAAAUAAGCAAAAAACCACAAUGUUUGCCAAGCCCUUCAAGGUCAAAUCCAACAACAGCCUUAAGAAUUCAGAGAAGAAGCACCUAGUGCAGCGGAUACUCGAUGAGUUCCCCACGGCUACAGAGGAGGUAGCGAAGGAGCUAGUGCACAUGAAAAGCAGUUGCAGCUGCGUGAAGGUGACGGCGCACAGCGGGGAAGUGUUGGACGUGUACGUGGUGAACGGGGUGGCGUUGCUGCUGGAUGUGAGGGGCGCGCUGUUGCCGACGGUGGCGGCGCUGUGGCGCGCGCCCGGCCUGCUGCCGACGCUCACUGUGCAUGAGCCUGUGCUUGCUAAGAUCCAAGGAGGUGCCCCAUUGUACUUGCCUGGCGUGGUGAUACCAACGGGAGGCGCCAGCUUUCCUGUAUUCGCGCGUGGGACUCCCAUAGCGCUGCGGACAACUGACAAUGCAGCCGCUGCUGCAGUUGGACGAGCGGCGCUCGCGUCGGGGGAGAUGCUAAUGAAAGUUGGUGGCGUAUGCAUGGAGAUGGUCCACUGGGUGGGCGACACAUUAAGCCGCGAGCCCAAGUUCGGUCGCCUCGAGAGACCGCGCAUAGACCCCGCACUGGCCCCUGCACCACCUCAGGCUGCCGGUGAUAGACUCGCUGACCAGUUACACCAGGUGCACAUCAAGCAGGAGGAGUGGCCGGCGCUCGGGCGCAGGCCUGCAGCCCCCGCGACCCCCGCCACCCCCGCGACCCCUACACCGCCCCCCGCCACCCCCGCCACCCCCACACCGCCCCCCGCGCCCGUACACCAGGAUUCGACAACUGAUAUGGACUCGCCCGAAACUGAGAAUGCAGCAGAACCCAUAGAAGAGAAGGACGACGGGAUACCUAAAGACAUGGACGGGUUGCUGGAGUGGGCGAUGCUGGGCUUCCUCAAAUUACACGCGAAGAGUGUGGAACUGCCACUACUCUCCAGUCUGCUGUAUAGGAAUUAUUUGCUACCCCUGUGUCCUCCGGAUCGAACGAUGGACGUCAAAAAAUCUUCGUAUAAAAAAGUGGGAAAGUUCUUAGAAGCUAUGCAAAAGGAGGGUUACCUACAAGUCCGCGAGCUGGAGAAGGGCGUGGACGCGGUAACGGCGUUGAACCCGCUGCACCCGCUCGUGCGCAGGCACGCCCCGCCCCCUCCCCCGCCCCCCGUGGCCCCGCCCCCCGCGGGCGCGGGGGAUGACGACGGCGUGGAGUACACGCCGCCCCGCGUGCGGGAGAUGUUCUCCGUCACGGCCGCAGUUUCAGACUUAUUGUCGCUCAAGAAAGGCUCGCUGUUGUCCGCGGCGGAGUUGCGCGCGGCGCUCACGGAGUACGUGCGCGUGCGCGUGCGCGUGCGCGUGCGCGCGCGCGACCUGACGGCGCCCGCGCAGAGAGAAGCCGUUGUGCUUGACGCCACUCUCGCCAAGGUGUUGCAAGCACAGGAACAGGACAUCAUAAAAUGGGAUGCGCUGAUGGCGGGCGUGCAGGCCAAGCUGACGCCUUGUACGGAGAUGCAGUUCGCCGACGGCACACACAAACUGACCAAGGCCAAAUUGGAUCCCAUACGGAUGCAGGUCGUCAACCGCAGCGGGAACAAGAAGGUGACUCUAGUAUCUAACCUGGAGGCGUUCGGCUUCACUCUGCCCGAGCUGGCGCGCGCCUGCCAGCGCGGCGUGGCGGCCUCCUGCGGCGUCACGCGCGCGCCCGGCGCCAAGUGCGACCAGCUCAUGCUGCAGGGCGACCAGCAAUACUAUGUGGCCAGGCUACUGAUAGAGAAGUAUGGCCUACCCAAGAAGUUCGUAGAAGGAGCUGACAAGGCACUCAAGAAGAAGAAGGGCAGCUAACCUCCGCACCACAUUCACUACUACCAACCCCGUGAUACUAACUGAUUUAAUAAAAAUCUGAACUUCUUAAAAUUAUCUAU